AUGGGUGCCAUCAUGGGUGGUGGUGUUGGUCUCACUAUCGGAUUUAUCUUUGGGUCAUGGAGCAUUCUGAGACAAGGAGCAGGCCCUCGCGGAUUGCUGGCUACGCUUUCUCAGUACAUGCUCAGUAGUGCUGCUACGUUCUCUUUUUUCCUUGCCAUUGGUUCGGUCAUUCGGAGUGAUGGUCUUCCUCCACAUCUUCAAGCCGCGCAGAUGCAGUUCCUUGCUCCUGCAUUGUCCGUUCGUUCAAAAGCUGAAGGGGCACAGCUCAUGAAAGCGCGAUGGGAAGUUGAACGUAGACGGCUUGCUGCAUCUAAGGAGUGA